GUUCAAAGCGGUAAACCAAGCAGGCAUACACACCAUUCGAGAAAAAAAAAAAAACAAUUGUUCGCCCCCUAUUUUGAAAAAAAAAAAAAUCAAAUAAAAAAUAGAAAAAAAACUAAACCACCACAAUUAUUUUUAUAUUGAAAUAUAAGAGUGUGGAUUUUGUGUUUAUAAGUGGAAUUAAUUUUUGAAAAAUUCGCUGCUGCUGCUGCUCCUACUGCCGUUUGAACAAGGAACAUAAACGCUGAUAACAAAAAAAAAAAAACAACUACAACACCAACAACGUUAACAAUGAUGUCGCUGAAAAAUUUUGUUUUAAUUAGUAUAUGCGUUCUUGGUCUAGCCUGCGUUUAUGCCCAAAUAGCACCCGGUUCAAAUCAAUAUUUACCGCCUAAACAAAAUGGCUAUGAUUAUCCUGGACCACAAAAGCCAUUCGCUCCUCCACCCGGCACACCAGCACGUCCAGGCGGUAACCAGCCACGUCCACCACCAAGAGGCGAACCAGGACCAGACCACGUUCACAUGCCCGGCAUGCCUUUCGAUUUUGAAUAUGCCGUCAACGAUGUCGAGACCGCCAACGACUAUGCCCACAAGGCCAGCAGUGAUGGCGAUGUUGUGACCGGUGAAUACCGUGUUCAAUUGCCCGAUGGCCGUACCCAGGUGGUACGCUACACAGCCGACUGGAAAACUGGCUAUCAUGCAGAUGUCAGCUACGAAGGUGAACCUCAAUUUCCUCAGGGACCCGGUGGCAGACCCGGCUAUAAAUACUAAAUCGCGAUCUAAUUACUUUUUUUCUUAACUGAUAAUGCUGCUGCCGAUGUCAUCGCUCAUUAGCUGCUAACACACAGAGAAAGGUUUGCUAACACAACCCGCUAAUAGACACGUACAACUUUUGUUUGCUAAGAAUUAAUUUAAAAGCAUAAAAAAUAAUUACCAUCUAACUUUUGUUGAUUUGUUGAAAUUUUUCUUUUUAAUAACUAUUUUUUUUUUCUUGAGUGUAAUAUGUUAAAAUAAAAUAUGAAUAUCUUUUAAAUAAAACAAA